CUGCUGCACGUGACUUCGAGAUUGCUCGUCAAGGAAGACUAAUACAUCAUGGCCGGAAUGAUUGGACACAUGGAUCCAUUUGAAGAGUCCGGGGAGCAAUGGACGACGUAUAUUGAGAGGUUUGAGCAUUUUGUUAAUGCUAAUGGCAUCGCGGACGCCAAGAAAGUCCCAGUGUUGCUGAGUGUGCUGGGUCCGAAGACGUACGGAUUACUGCGCAGUUUGAUUGCUCCAGUGAAGCCCGGCGACAUGACGUAUAAGGAUAUAACUGAUGUUCUGCGGAAUCAUUUUGCGCCGAAACCGCUGGUGAUUGCGGAGCGAUUCAGAUUCCACAAGCGAAACCAGGAGGAAGGAGAGUCGGUGUCGCAGUACGUAGCUGUUUUGAAAAGAGUUUCUGAACAUUGUGAGUUUGGCGCGUAUUUGGAGGACGCGCUGCGGGACAGAUUCGUGUGCGGCCUGAAGGGGGAGACCGUGCAGAAGCGUCUGCUGACCGAAGAAAACCUGACUUUCCAGAAGGCUGUCAACAUGGCGGUGGCAGCAGAGACAGUGGCACGGGAUGCACAGCUGCUGAGUGGCUCGCUGAAAGUGAAUGCAGUGAUUUCCCAGAAACCAACGGUGAAGUGCAGAAGGUGUGGAAAAACAAACCAUGCUGAGGAUGACUGCUGGUACAAAGAUCGUGACUGUCACCAGUGUGGAAAUAAGGGUCACAUUGGUCGGAUGUGUAAGAGUAAAAGUUUUUCAGAAACUGCAAAGAAACAAAAAGAGAGUAAGCAUGUGUUUAAAAGUAAAAUUUCCAAGUACAAAGCUAAAGAUAAGAAGAGAGUGUACUAUGUUGAUGCAAAUGAAGGUGAAAGUGAAGAAACUGAAAGUCACACUGAUGAAGAUUUAGCAUUGAACUCUGUUACCAGUGAUAAGAAAUACAGUCGGAUCACUGUGUUGCCAACAGUAAAUGGGCAAGAAAUGGAGAUGGAGCUGGACACCGGGGCUGCAGUGUCUUUGAUUCCUGUGGGAUUAUAUGAAACCAAACUGAAACAGGUGCCCAUGCAGUCCACUGAUGUAGUCCUAAAAACAUACACAGGAGAGCCUCUUGCACCAGAGGGCGUCAUUAAAGUGAAAGUAAGGUUAAAUAACCAAUCUGCAACCUUGCCGUUGUAUGUCGUGAAGGUCGAUGCUCCACCACUGUUUGGUAGAGAGUGGCUCAGAGCCAUUAGACUGAACUGGAAAGAUUUAAAGUCUGUGCUGAUGGUGGAUCAAACUGAGAAAGACAGCUUACAAUCUGUAUUAAAGAGACAUGCUGCAGUUUUCUCUACCGAUUUAGGCAGGUUGAAAGGAAUUAAGGCUAGAGUGAGUCUUAAGCAUGACUGUGUACCCAAGUUUUGCCCUCCACGUAAGGUGCCUUAUGCUCUUCGACCAAAGGUGGAAGCAGAACUGACACGACUGGUUAAACAGGGAGUCAUUUCUCCUGUCGAUCACAGUAACUGGGCCACACCAGUGGUACCAGUCAGUAAGAAAGAUGGCUCAGUGAGACUUUGCGGAGAUUUUAAAGUCACCAUCAAUCCAGUUCUCUGCGUGGACAAAUACCCAAUUCCACGGAUUGAGGAUUUGUUUGCAUCAUUGGCUGGAGGCCAACGCUUCAGCAAACUGGAUCUGUCAAAUGCUUACAUGCAGAUGGAAGUGGAGGAGGAGUCGAAAGAGCUGCUGACCAUUUCAACAGAAAAAGGGUUGUUCUGUUUCAACCGUUUGCCGUUUGGAAUUGCUUCGGCGCCCGCGUUGUUUCAGAAAGCCAUGGAUCAGGUGCUCUUGGGGCUUCCUUUUACCCACUGUUACUUAGAUGAUAUUUUGGUCAGUGGACCAGAUGAAGCGACUCAUCUGAGAGCAUUGGAUGCAGUGUUGAGUAGGUUAGAGGAGUAUGGUUUGCAUGUAAAGCAGGACAAAUGUUUGUUUUUCCAGGACUCGGUGGAGUACCUGGGACAUAUUAUCGAUGCUGCAGGGCUCCACAAAUCACCCGAAAAAGUGCGUGCUAUUGUGGAGGCACCUACACCCAGCAACGUGGGGCAGCUUCGUUCAUUUUUAGGAAUGAUUAACUACUACGGACGUUUCAUUCCUGACCUUGCUACGGUUCUGAAACCUCUAAAUGCCAUGCUACAAAAGGGUCAAAAAUGGACUUGGUCAAAAGCGUGUGAGUCAGCAUUUGGAAAAGCGAAGGCACUGCUGGUUUCGCAGGAUGUGUUAACGCACUACAAUGCUGAGCUUCCGCUUCGUUUGGCAUGUGAUGCUUCACCUUACGGUGUGGGGGCGGUGCUCUCACAUGUGAUGCCAGAUGGUGAAGAAAAGCCUAUAUCAUUCGCUUCCAGAACGUUAAGCAAGGCAGAGCAAAAUUAUGCGCAGCUGGAGAGGGAGGCUCUGGGGAUAGUUUUUGGGGUCCGUAAGUUUCAUCAGUACCUGUAUGGUAACAAGUUCACUCUGCUUACGGAUCACCGGCCUCUGACUUCUAUUCUGAGUCCUCUGAAAAGCAUUCCAUCAAUGGCUGCAGCUAGAAUGCAACGUUGGGCCUUGUUGUUGUCAGCGCAUGAGUACACCAUUGAGUACCGCAAAGGAGAGGCUCAUGCUAAUGCGGAUGGUCUAUCCCGAUUGCCCCUCCCAGACUCAAAAGAAACGAAGACAGACACAGUUCAGGUGUUCUAUGCAUCUCAGUUAGAAACUCUGCCUAUUAGCAGCUCUGAGAUUAGGCGGGAGACCAUGUCUGACCCUGUCCUGUCUAGAGUGAUGGAGAUGGUUGCAACAGGAUGUUUUCCUGCUGCCAGAGAUGCUGAGGAGUUGACACAUUUUCUGCGGCGUAGGGAUGAGCUCACAAUACAACAGGGAUGUCUGAUGUGGGGUAGUCGUGUUGUGGUGCCGCACAAGUUUCGUUCAUGUGUGCUGCAGGAGCUGCACACCGCUCACCCUGGUGUGGUGAGAAUGAAAAGUCUAGCUCGAAGUUAUGUGUGGUGGCCUAACAUUGAUUCCCAGAUCGAACUGCUGGUGAAAUCUUGUAAUUCCUGUCAGCAGUUACAGAGAGAGC